GGUGUAUCUACAUAUAAUGUUACCCCAAUGAAAGUAAAUUUUUUUAAAAAAUUUAUUAGGCAUUUUAAUGGUGCGUGGGAAUUAGCAAUUUGUUUUCAUCUAUAAAAUAGUAAUUUUACUGUAUAUAUAUUAAACUUAAGUCAACUGAGAGUUUUGUAAUGUUAUUAUUUGGUUGCUUUAUCUUUGAAUUGAUCUAGUUUUUGAAGAAUUAACAGUUGAGCUGGUCUUUGGGUCUAGUUUUACAUUUAAGCCUGACUUAGCAAAAUUCAAUAUGACUCGUCUUGAAGAUGAUGUUGUUGCCCUGAUGAAAAAGGGGGUGAUUGACUUGGCGAGAUGCCUUGGAAAGAUUGUGAAGGUUGACCUUAAUGGGCAACGUAUUCCAGUAAAGUCUUUUCUUGACUAUGUUAAUCUCUACCUUCAAUCUGCCUCCAAAGCCAGACCAGAUGCCCUCCCAAGGGCUGCUGUCAAUCGAAUAAUCAGCUUGACAGAGUCAACCAUUGCAUCUGGAGAUGAUGAAGGGUGUAUUAAGGUUUGGGAUACCAGACAGCGUACUUGCUGCAACUCUUUUGAUGUUCAUGAAGAAUACAUUUCAAAUAUGACUUUGGCAUCUGAUUCCAUACGACUAUUGGGAACAAGGUACUCAAUCUAUAUAUUUAUUUAUAUUGGUGGGUACACAUGUUCAAUGCAUUCUCUAGUUAUUAGCCAUGUAUACUUCUUCCAUCUAAGGAUAUGAGGAAAUAACUGAUUAUCACCAAGACCAAUCUCUUAUCAUCCAUGACUUGAGAUAAGAUACUGCUUCUAUGCAAAUUACUAAGAUAUGGUUAUGUGCACUUAUUUUGGAAUAUCUACGUUCUAUCAGAAGGAUAUGGGACUACAAAUAAAUUAGGCAUAGCGGCGUUUCUUCAUGCACUGGAUGAUAGCACUAGGAAUGUUAUGCUAGUGGGUGAGUAAGUCACAUAUCCUACAUGGUUCCCUUGCUCAUGUCGUGUCAUUUUCUGUCUUAGAUGGAUAAUCUUCUUAUAUAGAAAUGUCCGUAUAAUGUGAGGCAAUGUGAAGCCUUUAUUUUUUCGUCCUUUUGAACUAUAUGGUUUUUGCUACUAUAUACAUAUAGAGAAGUGUUGAUUUGCAACAUGCAUGUCCAAUUGUUUAUCAGUCAUAUCAUGGGGCUAAUUUUGUGUGAGGACUGGCUCAUGAACAUUGUUAGGGGAUAUUGUUUGCAGAUCCUUGCCAGCCAUAAUAUUGCCCAGUUCCAUGCAUUUAGGGAAGUUGGCAUUCUCUAUUGAUUUAUUUCAGAUUUGAUGGUGAAAUUUUAGGGUGUGGGGAAUACUAUAUCCACAAUUAAAUUUCAUCAGGAUUGCUCUCAUGUUAAAAAUUAAUAGAAUUGUCUUAUAUUCUUUCAUAGUAUUUCUAAUGCAUGAAUUACGACAAUCCUGAGAUCCAGACUAAUGCAUACUAUUAUGUAAACUUUAGUGAGGUUAUCAACAAACUAAUAUACAAGGAGAAUCAAAAUAGUCUAUAUUGUGGUGCAAUAUCUUAUCUUUCUGGCUUUCUUAGUUGUAUUCAGAAAAAGACAAAACUGUAACAUAUAGCAGUUUAAAACAAGAGAAAUAAGUAGUGAAGAGGACUCACUUUGAAUAGUAAUUUCAUAAUAUAAUUUUUAAAGGGAAAGGAGUUUAAUGUCUUUUAUUUAUUUAUCAGAAUUACAGAAAAUUUAACCUGCAACUUCA